UACGUCGGUCAACCCAUCCAAUGUUGGAUCCCUGCUCAGUUCACAGGAGCAUGGGAACAAUACAGCGAGAACUACUGCUUUGUGCAAAACACCUACUUUGUCCGGCCCGAUAGCUAUAUCCCCGAUAGUCAUGCGGAAAGAGAAGAUGCGGAGAUUGGCUACUACCAGUGGGUUCCAUUUAUCCUCGGCUUACAAGCGAUCCUCUUCUAUCUGCCCGCUCUAUUUUGGAGGCUUUUCAACUGGCAAUCAGGUAAAUUUUUACCCUUUAAAUAG